AUGACACUUCAAACAGUCGCCAUCGCCGUGGUAACGGCGGUAUACUUCAUCAUCCGCUAUUUCAACCGUACUGAUACCCCCAAGAUCAAGGGGCUCCCCGAAAUUCCUGGUGUGCCCCUCUUUGGCAACCUACUUCAGCUGGGUGAUCAACAUGCGACCGUAGCAGCCAAGUGGGCGAAAAAGUUUGGCCCGGUCUUCCAAGUUCGCAUGGGAAACAAGCGAAUUGUAUUUGCCAACAGCUUCGAUUCGGUGCGCCAGCUUUGGAUCAAAGAUCAAUCUGCUCUCAUCUCCCGACCUACCUUUCACACCUUCCACAGCGUCGUCUCCAGUUCCCAGGGAUUUACCAUCGGUACAUCGCCUUGGGAUGAGUCCUGCAAACAGCGUCGCAAGGCAGCUGCCACUGCACUUAACCGACCUGCCGUGCAAUCUUAUAUGCCCAUCAUUGAUCUCGAGGCCAACACCAGUAUCAAGGAGCUCUACCGGGAUAGUAAGAAUGGUACUUGUGACAUCAACCCCACCGCAUACUUCCAGCGAUUUGCCCUCAACACCAGUUUGACACUUAACUAUGGACUCCGUAUCGAGGGCAACGUGGAUGACGAACUUCUUCGCGAGAUUGUGGAUGUUGAGCGUGGCGUUUCCAACUUCCGGAGUACUUCGAACAACUGGCAAGACUAUAUCCCGCUGCUGCGUAUUUUCCCCAAGAUGAACACCGAGGCUGAGGAGUUCCGUGUUCGUCGCGACAAAUACUUGACAUACCUGCUUGACAUGCUGAAAGAUCGCAUUGCCAAGGGAACGGAUAAGCCUUGCAUUACUGGUAACAUUAUCAAGGAUCCUGAGGCAAAGUUGAACGAUGGUGUGUAUAUGUUUUCCCCGAGAAAGAAACAUCACCCAAAUUUGAGAUGUAACUACAAACUAACAUUUAUUGCAGCUGAGGUGAAAUCGAUCUGUCUGACCAUGGUGUCCGCGGGACUAGACACGGUUCCCGGAAAUCUGAUCAUGGGUAUCGCAUACUUGGCAUCGGAAGACGGACAACGAAUCCAGAAGAAGGCAUACGACGAGAUCAUGAGCGUGUAUCCUGACGGUGAUGCCUGGGAGAAAUGCCUGGUCGAAGAGAAGGUACCAUAUGUCACAGCUUUAGUCAAGGAAAUCUUGCGAUUCUGGACAGUCAUUCCCAUCUGUCUGCCACGAGAGUCAACCAAGGAUAUCGUGUGGAACGGUGCAACAAUUCCCGCGGGCACAACAUUCUUCAUGAAUGCCUACGCUGCCGACUACGACGAGGAUCACUUCAAGGAGGCCGACAAAUUUAUUCCUGAGCGUUAUCUUGAGCUCAACGAAGGAUCUGGCACUCCCCACUAUGGAUACGGAGCGGGCUCCAGGAUGUGUGCUGGCUCACAUCUGGCAAACAGAGAACUUUUCACGGCUUUCAUUCGCUUGAUUACUGCCUUUGAAAUGAAGCCAUCGAAGGAAAUGAGCGAUCGGCCUAUUUUGGAUUGCAUUGACUGCAAUUCAAUUGCUACAGCUUUGACUACGGAGCCUAAGCCGUUCAAGGUUGGAUUUGUUGCCCGCGACCCCAAACUAUUGGAGAAGUGGAUUGCCGAAAGCGAUGGGCGGACCAAAGAUCUUUAG